AUGGGGCCUCCACCGGUGGAUCAGCUCCCGGGCGGGUGGCCAAAGCACAACGAAGAUCACCCCCUGCCUCGACGGGCUGUUAUACUCGUUGUUAGUGCAUGUAAAUAUGGGUUGUGGAAUUGGUACUGGCUGGCUAUUUGUAGUAGUACGAGCACUAACUCCGGAGCUGGAGCUGAGCGGCUGCUUUGGCAGCACACCGAUCGAGCUCGCUCCCGCAUUAAUGGAGCACCACUGCAGCCGCAGCUGGAAGCAGGCCGCCCAACAGCCUCCUGCCCGUCGUCCAACCACAUUAACACCCUCUUAAAUUUAGAGCCAUCACCUCACUCGUCCACUAGCACUAAGCGCCUUCUCCCUCUGGGCUCCGGCACCGCCCUACCAGCUACAACUACAAGCCGACACCGACCGCGCGCCUCCGCCGCCGUGCCGGCCGGCUCCUACCUGACCAUGAGCGGCAGAUUCUCCUACCACAAGCUCAAGAAGCUCCCGUCUGAUGCUGCCACCACCACCCUGCACCAAGAACAAGACCAACAAGAGCAGCAGCAGCAGCAGCCGCCGGCUGCUUCCAUCCAAGAUUACUACCACUCCUACUACCGCGCGCUAGGCGCCGCGGUCGCCAGGGGAAGGAGGGCCCGACAGUGGCCGUCCGGCGGGCGGCGGAGGAGGAGGCCGCGGCUGAGGGUCUCGAGCCUCGCGCGGGCGCUGCGGCGGAAAGCGGCGGCAGUCGGGGGCAACGUGAAGGCGUCGGUGGCGAAGGUGGCGAAGCGGCUCAUGGAAGGGCGGCCGUACAUAGGGGACCUCUUCGCCGGGAACUACAUGUUCAUGCAGGUCGCGCCGUCGCCCACCAUGACCGGGUUCGACGACAAAGGCUUCUUGCCGUUCACGGAGUAUUACUACGGCAAGGCGAAGAACAAGCCGGCGGCGCCCGGUGCGCUGCGCUUGCACCCUGCAGCUGCAGGGCCGCUGGACAAGGUCUAGCUACUUUGAUUGGUCCGAUCGUGUCAUUAGCUCAUUAAUUGCUUCGCGCGCUUGUGUUCGUGUUCUUGCUGCCAAGAUAUGGGUAAAUAAAAGUUCGAUUUGGACUGCUUAAUCACAUCGCUCACUAUUAAA